UAGGCAGUAGUCGCGUUAUAGUCACCCGCUCCACACGCUGCUCGCGCGCAGUACACGACGCGCGCGCCACCGACCGCCCGCACGCAACCGCAACGAAUGUUCACUACGAUCAAUUUACAAAAAAAUUCAAAUCUCCACACUAAAUUAAAAAUAAAAACUAAGUUCAAAAUCUUUUCUAGCAUGCUAAAAAACAAAUGAACCUUAUAGUGGACAUCAGUCAAAAUGACGUUACGGGUCGAAGCACCCGGAGAAAAAAUCGUGAGUGUGGAACCAUGCAAAUGCAACAAAUCAUACAGUGCCGAGCUGAAGAAGACAGAGAUGAAGUUGAGCAAACGAUUAAAAGAAUUUCUAAAGGCAGCAUGGGGAGUUAGAUCGAAAAUAACGGUGGAGCCUUUUGUUAUUUGUUACAUACUCCCGAGCGUACUUGCCGGGCUUGCUGUACAGAACCUUUGUUUUGAGAAAUCAUGUUUGGUAAAUCUGCAUUACGACGACAGAAUAUGCAGGCACAUAAUGCAAGGGCGCACUGCCAAUUAUACAACGGAAGAGAAAAAUGUGCAGACACUAGUGACGGCAAUGACAGCGUGGAGCUUCCCGCUACAGACAGCUUUGCCUGGGAUACUGGCCCUGUUCGUAGGCGCGUGGAGCGACCGCACCGGGAACAGGAAGACAUUCAUGGUGCUGCCUAUUCUUGGGAAACUGAUAUCGGUUAUCGGGAUCAUAUUGAGCACGAUAUUUUUCAUGCAAGUGGGUAUGAACGAGACGGCUCUGCUGGAGGGCCUGCCGCCCGCAUUGGCCGGCGGCCGCGUCGCCAUGACCAUGGCAGUGUACAGUUACAUCACCGAUAUCACCAGUGAUACCGAGCGGACUUUUCGGUUAGGGAUAAUAACAGCAAUAUUAACUCUUAGCAGGCCCAUAGGGCUCGCUCUCAGUGGAAUCACCACCAAACGCUUCGGAUACUACGGUGUGUUUAUGGUGGCGUGCGUAUUCUACUUGAUGGGUUUCGUGUAUAUAGUAAUAAGACUGAAGGAAAAGACUAAGAAAACAGUAGACAGUGAAAAAGAAAAAGUGCAGACAUUAUUGUCCAUGUUCUCUGUGAAGGACCUCACGGCGACAGUGAAUGUGGCAUUCAAGGCGCGGCAAGGGUCGCGUCGUAUUCAAAUAAUGCUUAUAUUAUUUGCCUACAUGCUCAUCGUUGGACCAGUUCUAGGUGAGGCGCAGAUGACCUACUGGUUCACUCGGUACAAGUUCAAAUUCACCGAGGUCGACUACAGCCUAUUCCUCACAUACUCCGUCCUAGUCGGAAUCGUUGGUUCCUUCAUAACAAUAUAUUUGUUCAGCAAAAGAUGGAAAGUUGACGACUGCGUGAUCGGGGUGGUGGCGUGCCUGAGCAGGAUAGCUGCUAGCGUGGUGUACGCCAUGGCCCCAUCGAGGACCGUGUACUUCCUGGGACCACUUCUGGACAUGUUCAGCUCUGCCGGCGCCACGUCACUCAGGUCCAUCGCGACUAAGCUCGUCAAUGCCGAUGAAAUUGGUAAGACGAGCUCUCUUAUCAGUAUAUCGGAGGCGCUGGUUCCCGUCAUAUACUCUCCAGUCUACAGCAAGGUGUACUUGAGUACACUGUCGUACUUCUCUGGAGCCUUCUACCUGAUUAGCGCCGCGUUGGCUAUACCCGCCAUCGGGGUCUUAAUAUUACUAUUAGUUCUGCGAAGAAAAGAUGAUUGUGAUACUCCGACAGCCGCUGAGGCUAAGCCAAAAGAAAAUGAAAUAACUCGUUUUUGACAUACAAUAAUUUAUUGUUAUACUUUAAUAAUAAAAGUUACCAAUUACGUAUACGAAAAAAUCUCAAUAAAUGUAAGUUUUUAUUGAAA